AUGCACUUUUUAUGGCACUUCCCCUCUUUUUUCUCCGAUAGAGAAGCCUGUGGGGGUGCUACUGCCUCGGCGCCCGACACCCCUGCGUCUCCUUUGUUUGCCCCCGCCCAGUUGAGUAGGUUUUUUUUUUUGCGUGGGGUCGAGUUUUUGUUUGCCGGCUUUUCCGACGUUGUCGUCUUGGGCCUUCAGGGGGGCAGGGGCGCGCGUACGCCGCAUCUCUCUUUUCUCCCCUCCUUGUCUUUUCCCGCGAAGGUGUUUCUCUGGUAUCUGUUGCGGCGGCUGCGGCGGCGGCAAAUGGAGGGGAACUUUUACAUCUCCGGCAGCGUCAUCAAGCGGGAGCUGCGCUCGAACUACGGCAGGCUCUACGCCAAGUGCCGCGAGGAGGCGGCGGCGUACGGCAGGUGCAUUGAGGCCGGCCAAGUCAACCGCAACUUGGCGCAGGGGCUGUGCGGUGAGGAGCGGCGGGCACUACGCGCCUGCGUGGACGCGCAGGGUGCGGCGCUGAAGCAGCAGCACCAGCAGGCGACGCGGCAGUAG